ACUAGUGACGUGGUUUUUACGCACAUGGCACAAGUGCAGCGGGUCAACGACGAAGACGUCUCUCAGGUUCCCGACACUUUAACUUUAAAGUUUGAAAAAGGGUUUGAAGUUCGAAGGGGUUUUGCAUUUAAACAACCCGGUGUUUGUUAGAACCAGUGGCCUCAUUCCCAUCAGCCGCGCACUGGAUAUAUAUUGAAACGCAAUGACAAACACCGUGGGGAAAUCCAAAAACUUCCGCAUUGAUGCGCUGCUGGCGCUCGACGCGGAGCAGAGGACGAGCAGCGACGGCGCGUCCUCGGCGUUUUAUUACGGCGAGAGCCCCGGAGACCGUCCGGUGUCGAACCGCGGGUCUGAGACGCCGUCCUCUCACCCGAACACAACCAACUAUGCUCCGGUCCAGCUCGGGAUCCUGACGAAGUCGCAGCUCCUCAACUUAUCCCAGCAGGGAGCUUCUCUGGCGCAGGAGGCUCUCGUCGGCGGGCACCCGGGCUCCGUGUACCCCCUGGCGGCCCUCGGGGGCCAGCACCCGGCCUUCCUCUACUCCGGCUUCACGCAGCUCGUCCAGCCGCUCCACGAGCAGAUGAAGCGGAUGAUCGGCACGUUCCCGUUGGAACCUUGUGUCCGAGCCGGGGUGAUGAUACCCAGACUUGGAGAUUAUGGAGCUCUGGCCCAUGCAGGCUUGUUGGGGAAGUGUCGUAGGCCCAGGACAGCUUUCACAAGUCAACAGCUGCUGGAAUUAGAAAACCAGUUCAGGCUCAACAAGUACCUGUCCAGACCAAAACGCUUUGAGGUGGCCACUUCCCUAAUGUUGACCGAGACUCAGGUUAAGAUCUGGUUCCAGAACAGACGUAUGAAGUGGAAAAGAAGCCGCAAAGCCAAGGAGCUGUCGGCUCCCGCCGCCUCACUGACUGAUACAGGAAAACAUGGGUUGGACAUGCACGGUGCCAAGCCUCAGGGCGACUCGCAGAGCUCCAGCUUUGAAGAUGAAGAGGAGCUCGAAGGGGACGAGGAUGAGAAAGAGGAGAUAGAAGUGCUAGGUUCUUUAAGCUCUGUUAACUUUAUAAGGCACGGUCUAGGCAGAGCAGACAGCUAUGGAUCGUACUGAGAAUGAGCUGGAAGAGGGAGGCCCAAGAACGAGAAGUGGGGAUUUCUCAUAGUUAUGAAGAUGCGCGUUCUUUUCACUGUAUGUUUAUGAGAGGCAAACGCCACCAGUCGGUCAGGUGAAUACGUAGCUAGUAAGGUGAAUCUUCAUAGCCCAAACCAUAGCGUCAUAUCCAGUACUCCCAAUUGCUGAAAAUGGACCUGGCAUUGUUAUGCAUGGUUUAGGUAUAAUUUAACCUAAACCAACUGAAAUCUGUUGCGCUCAUUCAUAUAUUAACAUAUAAAUGCAAAUGUGUUGAUAAUGUAGGAAUUGGGAACUUAAUAGCACUUUCAUGGAAGGUACUAAGCGUCUGUUUUACAUAUACUGUGACUGUGUCCCCAUCUGUUACAAUAAAUCAAAUAAUAAUAAAAACCUUUUAUAAUUUCACAUUCACCUCAUAAAUAUGGGCGUAACCAGAGGAAUUAUACUCAGGUUAUUGUAGUUUUUAUGAUUAUGAUAUUAUAAUUAUUUUUUAAUGCAUGUGUCUGUGUUUUGUAAACCUUUUUUAUGUUAUAUGUGAUGUGUCUGAUGUAAUUUAAAUGAUAUAAUCUAAUAUAUGUCUCUUUAAGUGCAACGUUAUUAAAUAGUGCUUGUUUGAUAAAUAAAGUUAAGCUCAUAACUG